GUAGUCGUGAGUAUUUUUAGGAACGCUGGAUCUCAGGAGCCCCUUUGUGAAACUCUGUGCAACUCCCAGCAGAAAUUUUUGCUCCUCCCACCCCCAGUCGUUUGAUCCUCCUCCUCCCACUCCCAAAGCCCGGGUUGGAGCAGGACUUGAACACAGCACUGUAAGUCAUGGGUGUGUGGCUGGGGAAUGGAGUUGAAGCACUGUUAGUCAUUCAGUAAGUGAGCAGUGCUCAGCAUGCACUUCAGGUGUACCAGUGGUUUGGGAGCCAGAUGGUAUGUGGUCAAGUGAGAAAUACGUGAUUUGAGAGGAAUUGCCGUGGUUUGAUGCUGGCCCAAUGCCAGGCACCCACCAGAGUCUUUUGCUCACCCUCCCCUGCUACAGCUGGGCAGUGGAGAGGGGAGAAAAAAAAAGAAAUUGACAAACACUUCCUGAGUGGAGAUAAAGACCAGGAAAAACACUUAAAGGACAAAACAGGCUCAACUUACGGUUGCAAAGUGAAUUUAUUACUAAUGGAAUCAGAGGAGGAUAAUGAGAAGUAAAAUAAGCCCUUAAAACACUGCUUUCCUCCAGCCCCUUGCUCCUUCCAACCAACAGUGCAGAGGGACAGGGCAAUGGUUAGCUCAUCAUUGAGAUUUUCUUCUGCUGCUCUGAGAGUCCUUCCCCUGUGAGACUGUGGGGUCACUCCCAUGGGGGACAGUUCUCCGUGAACUUUCCUGGCAUGGGUGCACUCCCGGGAGCAGCAGCCCUACCACACCAUCUUCAAAGCCAUCAGAGACUGGCUCUGCUGGACAUGGUGGAAGCUUCCAGGAGCUUUUCACAGGAGCCAUCUUUGUGGCUUCCCUGCUAUCAGAAACCAGGCUGUGCAAAACCAAUACUCCAGUGGAACAGGUUUCCACUAGAGACAGUAAUUCUGGCAUUUCUGAACUGAAGAUUAUUUGUCUUUGCAGUGUUUGACAAAAGUUCUGUUACACAUGUAGGUCUUUAUACAGCUGAAAUUAGUGGAAACAAAAAUCUUGUUAUUAGGCAGAUUUGUGUCUUGUAUCAUGUAAAAUACCUCCCUGCCUCCCCAGAUGGCCACCCUGUGGACAAGAGAGCAAGCCGUGUUCAGCACAGUGCUGAGCUCCCGUUCUCCCUUUCUCAGUCCCUCCUAGCCCUGUGCCCUUCCCUGUCUCUAGCAAAGGCUCGUCUUUUCUUUUCAGCCCCAAAGAGCAUUGCUGCCUGAGGACUUGAUGUUCCUAAAAAAUCUGGAGAGCCAAGUACUGGCAUAGAUAAUGGUAAAUAAUUAAUUACCUUGCAGACAAUCCUUCAAUACGAGCUGAAACAUCUUUCAGGAAGAGGGAAGGUGGGCAUAUGUGCUCAAAUUAACUGUUCCCUGUGAUUAAUUAAAAGGCUUAGAAGGACAACUGUCAUGUCAUGGCCUAUAAAUAAAAUGGAAAUUAAUUCAGAGAUAGGUUUUGUAUGCUUUUCUCUUUUUUUCAUUUUGUUUGCAUUUUAUUUGCUUUUUUCUCUCUGUACAGGAUGUUUAAUUCCUUCCAAGUCUGUCCCACAGCAGAGAUCAGGGGUGGAGGAGGACAGGACAGUCCUUAGGAGAAGGCUGUGCCACAAUCCCAGGACAGUCAUGUCUGCAACAGCCCCAGUCUGAUGGGACUGCUUUUUUGGAAGAUGUAAAAGGAAACCUGUGGUGUAGCUUUCUCAUGUUUAACCCUCUUCAUUUCUGAAAAUUGGAAUGAGGACCAGUGAGUCUCUUCUGAGACCAUCCCCUUGAUGCCUUGCGUUGAGAGACCUCAGAUCUUGCUUUGUUGAACAAUCCCCAGCAGCACCUUCAGAUGUGAUGUUGACAAAUGCUGUGGUGUCUGCAGGGACUGAGGUCCAGCAGCCCAGAGUCCCACCUGCCCUGAAGCCCUGCCUGUCCUUUGACAGGGAUGCAAUGCUUCUGGCCUGGAGCAGGAGAAUGCAGAGGGUGAGGAGACUGUUCCUUUAGGUGAUCACUGCAGCUUAGGCUAUCCCUGGACUUGCAUACAAACAUGGCAGAAGAGGGUUUGUGGUGUGAACAGCACAUAGAAGAUGCUGAUGAGCCAGUUCCUAAUGACCCAAGACCUUGCUGGGGACUCGAGAGGGCCCUGUUUUCAGAACAGCUGCAGUGAACAAAACAUUCCCUGCCUGGUCUAGACUCGCAUGGAAAGGCAACAUCUUUGUUGUCAGCUUGUCCGUUGCAGACCUCGUGGUGGCAGUUUAUCCGUACCCUCUGAUCUUAAGUGCCAUUUUCCACAAUGGAUGGACCAUGGGAAAUGUUCACUGCCAGAUAAGUGGGUUCCUGAUGGGCUUAAGUGUCAUCGGGUCCAUUUUCAACAUCACGGCGAUCGCAAUCAACCGCUACUGCUACAUCUGCCACAGCCUUCGGUACGAUAAGCUCUUCAACCUGAAGAACACCUGCUGCUAUCUCUGCCUGACCUGGAUACUCACGGUGGUGGCAAUUGUGCCAAACCUCUUCGUUGGCUCCUUGCAGUAUGACCCCCGGAUUUACUCCUGCACCUUUGCCCAGACCGUGAGCACGUCGUACACCAUCACGGUGGUGGUGGUUCACUUCAUCGUCCCGCUCUCCGUCGUGACGUUUUGCUACCUACGGAUCUGGAUUCUGGUCAUUCAAGUCAAACACCGGGUGAGACAAGACUGCAAGCAGAAACUCAGGGCAGCUGACAUCCGAAACUUCUUGACUAUGUUUGUGGUUUUUGUCCUUUUUGCUGUGUGCUGGGGACCAUUAAACUUUAUUGGCCUUGCUGUUUCAAUUAAUCCUUCAAAAGUGCAGCCACACAUUCCAGAAUGGCUUUUUGUCCUGAGCUAUUUUAUGGCUUAUUUUAACAGCUGCCUCAAUGCUGUGAUCUAUGGGCUUCUUAACCAGAAUUUUCGGAAGGAAUACAAAAGGAUAUUGCUGACACUGUGGACUCCCAGGCUGCUGUUCAUUGAUGUGUCCAAGGGUGGGACAGAAGGGAUGAAAAGCAAGCAUUCUCCAGCCAUAACAACGAACAACAACCACGCUGAAAUACACCUAUGAGUCAGGACAGUACUAUUUAUUCUGGAUUACAGUUGUAUAUAUAAUAUACAAGAGCCUUUCGUGCUGUGUGCAUUGCACAGCUGGUUUUGCCCUCAUGCAAGGAAGGAUUCUGCAACCUUUCAUGCUUAGCUUAUUGCUGUGACAUAAAGGCUUUGAAUAAGAAUUUUCAGAAUGGAAAUGACAGAUUUUUUUUUUAUAUGUCAUCUUUCACUGUGUGCCUAAUUAAUCAGUUUGGUUGCUUUUGCCACAAGCAUGCCAAUACCCGAAAAGGGAAGCGUUCAGAGUGCAUGGAGAAAUGCAGUUAUGCUUGAAAUGCAACCAUCAAGAGACAGCAAAAUUUCCAUUUAUUAUACACAAACGUUUCUCCCCUCCCUCUGAGUUCUAUUUUUCUAGCAUUAACUUAACCUGAACUGUAUCAAACAAAAUGUAAACUGCAUGGCUUUUUACAUUAUAGAUAGGUAACUGUAUUAGCCAGCAGGUGUAUGUAUGGGCAUGGUGUGUGUUUUCCUUUUUGUUUCCUCUUCAGGUUUAGGAGCUAGCCUGGGCUAGAUGUGAGGCAGGCAGAAGCCAGACCAGUGUGUGUCUGAUGCACUCAUUUUAAUUGAGUAUCUACAGACAUUAAGUACCCUUGCACUCUCCUUCCCAGGCCAUGAGUAAGUAUAUGACAUAUGACAUAAUCUAAUUGAAGGAAGAUACUUGGAGCCUGAUUCUAAUUUAGGCAGUAUCCUGUCAUGGCCAGCAGUCAUUUCUAACAUCUUUCAAAAGUCACUGCUACAUGAACAUCACAAUAAAAAAGAUGAACAUAGCAGAGUCCCAUCUGUGUAACGCAGAUUGCAACUUUUAGGUUCCAGUAACAUUUACACUUGCAGAAAAAGGCAGAAGGGGAAGGCAGUGUUUUUACCAAAAUCCCUCCUUUUGCCCAUCACAGAACAUGAAUUUGCUGACGGGAGAAAAAGUGAAGAUUUUUUUUUCCCAUUUUAUUGACAUACAGAACUGUAAUUAACUCACAGAGUGGGGAGACGAAAGCUACUUAAGCAUAAUUAUGCAUCAGUUCUGUUUAAGCCUGGACUGUGCUAUUUGUAUCAUUGGAAACAAUGUCAUGAAGUUCUGGGGAGGCCAGUAUCACAUUAGACAUAAACACAUGGGCAAAGAUAAGGCUGUUUCUUUAAUGGAGUAUGAAAGGGGUGUGUGUGUGUGUGAUGGCAGCUGUCUGUAGAUAUGACUUCUUUUUUUCCUUAGCUUCAUUGUGAAUUCAUCUCUUUAUGGCUUUAAAUGUGGAUCCUGCUUUGAAGCAAUCCCAUAAAAUCAACAGGUAAGACUCCCCUGGUGCAACUCUACCUUCAGGUUAGUGCCUCUGCCUUGAUGCUGGUGUGCUGAGGGGCACAGCAGAGAGAGGGGCAGGUCUGAGCCCUGGGGGUCUAACGAGGCAGCCCCUGGUCCAGGACUGCAGUCUUCACUCUUUGGUUCUAGUCAAAGCAGGACUAGUUCCCAGCACUGAGCCCUGAAAGACUGAGACCAGACUUUGUAGGUGCCCGGAGAUGGAGGUACGUAGGAUUUCCCCGAAGCCUGAGCAGGCAGUGUGCCUAAUCCUUAGUGAAAAUAGUAAGCCAUUUGUGCACUGCUUUCUGAAACCAACUUGCUGCUGAAUGUCCCUCCUGCUGAUUUUUUUUGGGAAGAGGAAUUGAGAGAAAUUAAGGCUCUUUCUGAAGUGGGCCAAGGAACUCUGCAUGCCGUGUUACCUCCAUGAGGACUGAGUGUCUCUGCUGCUGCCAUGUGGUGAAGGUCACUGCAGUAACAGGGGGGCCCUGCAUUUAUAGGGUGCCCUGGCACUUAGGAAGUUUCAAACUUGAGCAUCUCAGCCACUUCAGAUGAAUGUUGUUUUAAAAUGCACUGCAGCCAGCCUCCCAUAAUAGGAAUCAAACUGAGUUUUGUUUUGGCCUCUUAAUCUGCCUCAGCAUGGCCAAAUAAAGGUAUUUUGACCCUCAGAAAUAACUGUUGUCUGUUCGCCUUCCAGAAAAACCACCCUGGAUGAAUUCACACCAUUCCAUGCAAGCAAAAUCAUUUUGAGUUAAACUUGGAUAAGAAAAGCACUGAGGGCACAUAACUGCAGGGAGUGUUUGUCCCAUCACGCCUGGGAGAUGUCCCGUGUUCCAUGACUAGUCUUCAAAGUCAUUUGCAAUUAGCCACAACAGUGUUAGUUAGAAUCACAUUAGCAAAUAAUUUGAAGCAUCUAGUGCCAAAUGAAAUAUACUGCUUUAAGACAAUUGUGAAGAAUCUUGUGCAAGCUUGCCAAAUAUCUCAAAUACCCCAAAGCUGGGGUUUCAUCUUAUGGAUUCUUGUCUUUUUAACUGAAUGUUCAGUGGAGGUCAUUUGGGUUUUUUUUAUUAUUAUUUUAUUCUUUAUGCUUGUAUUUGCACUAUUUCUUAUUCAGGCUCCAAAGUUAACAGCCAGCAAGUAUUUGAACCAAACCAAGUCCAAAGAGGUCCUGAAUAGGCAAGCUGUGAGAGUCCCUUGUACACCUGGCAGGAGUGGGAGCAGCAGGAGCAGGAUAGGGCAUCUCCCCAGGGCUCACAGAGUCACCACUCAACCAAACUAUGCAAAAUGACCUGCUUGUCUUCUGCCACAGGGUCUGAGCCCAGCUGCUGCCCAGAUCUCUGCAGGGACAGGCAAAGUACCUGCUGUGCUGGGCUGGGUCUGAGCAGCUCCCUGCAGCGCAGGGCCCGCAGGCUGGGGGUGGCUCUGGAGCACAGGGAGCACUGCCCUGGCACGCCCUGUUCAGAAGGGCUCUGGCUGUCCCAGGGAGGAGCCCAGGGCUGGGCUGAUCCACCCACCAUGGUUGGAGGCUUGGGCUCAGCCCUGCUGGAGCUGAGGUUUGCAAUAUGAACCAUGGAAAGCAGGGGAUGUAGCCUCAAACAGGAAACACUGUGCCAUUUGUUAGCACUUUGAGAGAGGCAGCGCUUAGGAUAGGAUGGAGUUUUAUACUGACUUAUUAAACUACCCAAGCAGCUCCUUAUUUUUAUGUUAGGAAAUGGUUAACAGGGUACAGAGAGUUUAUUUUUGUUAGCACUUGUUUACAGAAAAAGGGAAGUGUGUUUUAGCUGAGAAUGCUGAGCAGUGUCACAGUUUCCCUAUGGGAAUCUAGCUUUAGUCCAAAUUUGAGAUUUCAUUGAGAUCCCACAAUUUUAAUCACAUUCUGCCAGUUCCACCUGUUGCUUAUCUGGCCUUAAGUCUCAUUGAGAUCUCAUGUAAACUGCUUUCAAAUCACGUGCUCUGGGUUUGAUAUGGUGUGUCAAAUACCUAUUCUAGUCCCAAGCUCUAAAACUGUUGUAGUGGAAACUUAUGGAGAAGCAGUAUUGCUGUGAAGAAAGAUGAAUCUCUUUCCACAAAGAAAUAUUUUUGGAUGUUGCUAAUGAAUGUUGUUUCAUCAAUUUAAGAAGAAUGUAACCAAUAUAUAUUUAUAUAUAAAUGUGUAUUGCAUAUGCUGUUUCCAUUUUAAUGUUUAAUUGAGAAUCCUUCAAUAUACUUUCCUAUUGACAUUUUUGUUCAUAAAAUAGAUCAAUUCCCUUUACCUGUUAAAAAUGUAAUAAAUCUACUAUUGGACUACUUACUGAUUUUUUUUUCUCCACUAGCAGUUACUU